AAUUUCACCGUGGCACUAAGCAUUUCAAACUCAUCACUGGAGCAAGGUUCUACACAUCGGACUAUCAUCACCACAGAUCAGCAACCAACCCCCUGGAAUUAAACAAUUACGGUCUCGGUUUUACGUGGUUGAGAGUCUCUGAAACAUUUUGUAUUCGGUUCAGCUGCUCUCUCAUCAACUGACGAGGGAGAAUGGUGGAGGUGAAGAAUAUCUGUUGUAUUGGGGCUGGCUACGUGGGCGGUCCCACCUGCAGCGUGAUCGCCCAGAUGUGCCCCGAGGUGACGGUGACCGUGGUGGACGUGAACGAGGACCGCAUCCGUGCCUGGAAUUCUGAUAGCCUCCCCAUCUUUGAGCCUGGACUCCAGGAAGUGGUGGACUCAUGCCGCGGGGUCAACCUUUUCUUCUCCACAGACAUUGAUGAGGCCAUAAGAAAUGCAGACCUCGUUUUCAUAUCUGUCAAUACGCCUACCAAGACAUUUGGGAUUGGCAAGGGUCGAGCAGCGGACCUGAAGUACAUAGAAGCAUGUGCCCGGCGCAUUGCUGAUGUGUCCAUUGGGUGUAAGAUUGUUGUAGAGAAAAGCACAGUUCCUGUACGUGCUGCUGAGAGCAUCCGCCGCAUCUUCAACGCCAACACCAAAAGUAGCUUCAACUUUCAGGUCCUCUCAAACCCAGAGUUUCUUGCUGAGGGAACAGCCAUCACUGAUCUGAAGAAUCCAGACAGGGUAUUGAUUGGAGGGGAUGAGACCCCUGAGGGCCAACAUGCUAUUGAGGCCCUGCGGAGCAUCUAUGAGCACUGGGUCCCCAAAAGCAAGAUUAUCACCACCAACACCUGGUCCUCUGAGCUCUCCAAGCUGGCAGCCAAUGCCUUUCUGGCCCAACGUAUCAGUAGCAUCAACUCCAUCAGUGCCCUGUGCGAGGUAACUGGUGCUGAUGUAGAGGAGGUGGCUCAUGCCAUCGGGACAGACCAGAGAAUAGGCAGUUGCUUCCUGAAGGCCAGCGUGGGAUUUGGUGGGAGCUGUUUCCAGAAGGAUGUCCUCAAUCUUGUGUACCUAUGCGAGGUGCUAAACCUACCAGAGGUUGCAAGAUACUGGCAACAGAUUAUAGAGAUAAACGAUUACCAGCGAAAACGAUUCUCUUCACGGAUAAUCAGCUGCCUCUUCAACACAGUGACGGACAAGAAGAUCGCCUUGCUAGGAUUCGCUUUCAAGAAAAACACAGGCGAUACAAGGGAAUCCUCUAGUAUCUACAUCAGUCGAUACCUGUUGGAGGAGGGAGCCUGUCUACACAUCUAUGACCCCAAGGUUAAAGCGCAGCAGAUCAUGCACGACCUGAUUCAGCCCACACCCUCAGAAAGACAUGACCCCGCCACAGUUUCUCGUCUAGUCACAAUCGUCACUGACCCAUACAAGGCUUGUGAGAACGCCCAUGCAAUUGUCAUCUGCACAGAGUGGGAUAUGUUCACGGAGCUGGACUAUGAGAAGAUCUAUAAAGCCAUGCUGAAACCUGCCUUCAUCUUUGACGGUAGAAGGAUCUUGGACAGCUUGCACGACCAACUCCAGCAUAUCGGCUUCCAGGUGGAGACUAUUGGGAAAAGAGUUAACCAGAGGAUCCACUUCACUGCCAUCGAGGACAAGUCAGAAAUAGACCAACAGCAACCAUUGAAGAAGAUCAAACUAUGAAGUGUGCUUAUGGGACAGGAGCGACAGAGCCAGCUCAGUGCAGUAAUAUAUUAAACCAAGUUAUCAUUUAUGUAAUAUUACAUUAGUGGGAUGGCUCGGCGGUAUACCGUAUUUUACUAUAUACACCCCAGUAUUGAUGCACGGACCGGUUUGGGUUUUUUCUUUACCUUCUAACGGUGUUUCAAAGUUUUGGUUUGUUAAAUGUGGGCCAUCACUCUCCCUCUCCUCCUGCAUGCCGCCAGAGAGGUAGAGGUGAAGCGAGAGGUUUUACUUGCUCAUUUGCUACGUGAGGAUUAUUUGAUUGAAUAGAAGUUUCGUAUUGUUUAGGUUGUUACGAAUGCACUGAUAUAAGUGGACGCACGUUGCAUUUUGGAAACGUUUUAGCAUGGACAUUGCCUUUGAGUGGUUCCACCAUUUUAAAGUAGGCAGGGAUCCCUAUGAGUUGGGAGCAAUCAGCCAAUGAAAAAGAUCAUUGACUACUUUAAAAUAGAGAUAGCCUCAAUGGCGUUGCCCUCGCUGUCACAGACGCUAUAAUGCACAGAUACAAUUAUGAGUCCUAUACAUCUCUAUGGCCUGUUGUUCACACGCAUAUUUGCCCUCUCGUUUGCAAGAAAGGUCCCGCCUCCUCCCGCCUGCCUUCUAUCUUUGAGGACGUGUAUUUCCAUUGUUAGAGUGGUAACUUGUCAAUAUAAUGCCACGUGCAUCCACUUAUAUCAGUCAAUUUGUAACAACCUAAACAUUACAAACUUCUAUUAGAUCAAAUAAGCCUACCGUAAUUAGACACUCAUAGACUUCCAUACAAAAAAGGGCUUAUCUCAUGUGGACACAUUUUGGGUAGAGUAAAUCCUCUCGCUUCACCUCUUCCUCUCUGCUUUCACUCUGUCUGCAAGGUCAGAUGCAACGAGGUGUUGGGGACAAUGAUGCUGAUUUAGUCUUUGCUUCUUAAUAUACAUUGCAUUAGGAAAGUAUUCAGACCCCUUAACUUUUUCCACAUUUUGUUGUUACAGCCUUAUUCUAAAAUUGAUUAAAUUGUUUUUCUUCUUCAUCAAUCUACACACAAUACCAAUGCAAAACCAGGGUUUUAGAAAUAUCAUAUUUACAUAAGUAUUCAGACCCUUUACUCAGUACUUUGUUGAAGCACCUUUGGCAGCUAUUACAGCCUCGAGUCUACUUUGGUUAGGAUGCUAGAAGCUUGGCACACUUGUAUUGUGGGAGUUUCUCCCUUUCCUCUCUGCAGAUCCUCUCAAGUUCUGUCAGGUUGGAUGGGGAGCGUUGCUGCACAACUAUUUUCAGGUCUCUCCAGAGAUGUUCGAUCAGGUUCAAGUCUGGGAUCUGGCUGGGCCACUCAAGGACAUUCAGAGACUCAUCCCGAAGCCACUCCUGCGUUUUCUUGGUUGUGUGCUUAGGGUCGUUGUUGGAAGGUGAACCUUUUACCCAGUCGGAGGUCCUGAGUGCUCUGGAGCAGGUUUACAUCAAGGAUCUCUCUGUACUUUGCUCCGUUCAUCUUUGCCUCGAUCCUGACUAGUCUCCUAGUCCUUGCCACUGAAAACAUCCCCACAGCUUAAUGCUGCUAACCCCAUGCUUCACUGUAGGGAUGGUUUCAGGUUUCCUCCAGAUGUGACACUUGGCAUUCAGGCCAAAGAGUUCAAUCUUGGUUUCAUCAGACCAGAGAAUCUUGUUUCUCAUGGUUUGAGAGUCUUUAGGUGCCUUUUGGCAAACUCCAAGCGGGCUGUAGAAACAUUUCAAGGAUGAUCAAUGCAAACAGGAUGCACCUGAGCUCAAUAUCGAGUCUCAUAGCAAAGGGUCUGAAUACUUAUGUAAAUAAGGUCUCUUUUUUUUCAAACAUUCCUAAAAACCUGUUUUCGCUUUGUCAUUAUGGGGCAUUGUGUGUAGAUUGCUGAGAAUUAAACAUAUUUAAUACAUUUUAGAAUAAGGCUGUAUAUUCUUACAAAAUGUAUAAAACUUCAAGGGGUUUGAAUACAUUUCGAAGGCACUGUAAAUCCACAAGUGUUAUUACGCUAUUAGUUUGUGUAUUUUACUGUCUGUCACGCUGGUAUAAAGGAUUUUGGAGACAGGCGCAGGCGAUACACAAUAGGGUUUUUUAAUACACCCAAAAUAAACACGUAUACAAAAACACUGGGCUGUACCCAAACAAAAGAGCGAGGGUAAACCUCGCUGAACGACACGGGACGAUACCCGUAAUACACAAUAUAUAAAGCUCGCAGCAUAACAGCUGCACCAACGCAUAGGUACAUGGGAACAAUAACCGACAAAGACAGAGGGAACAGAAUGGGAACCAGGUGUAUGUAAUCAGACAAGACAAUCCGGGGUUGAUGAUAAUGAAUCCUGUUCAGUGAAGCCUAGAAAGCCGGUGACGUAGACCUCCGGAACUGGUAAACAGAAUGAACAUCAGUACCGGGGGGAUCCGUGACACUGUCUGCAAAACAGCUAAUUGGUCUUGUCUUAGCAAGUUGUUGCAAAAAUAAAUUGUGUUAGCUGGCUAGCUAAAUGGACAAAGAAUCAGAGCAAACUUAGCUAGCUAAUACAGACUGAUACCCGUGCUGAUGUAGGCCGUGAUUAGCAUGUUGUUUGUGCAACAGUAUCUUCUAAAGCAGAGGAAUAGGCAAAGCAUUCAUAUUUUAGCUUGCGCUAGCUAGCUACAUGGAGUAAGAGAAAACAUGUAAUGUAGCAUCUAAUUAGGGUCCCUUGGGAAACGCUCACAAAACUUCCUCCAUGGCUUUUUCAUUCGUUGUCAUGUAAAACGACAAUGUAUUAAAAAUGCUGCCCACUAUAUUCCUAAAAUAUAAUUAGAAUCAUUAAUUUUCGAUAAUUCGAACAGUUCACCAGUUUAUUAGGCCAAGAUUUCCCCCCCCAUAUCUUGAGGGAGGGGGGGUUGGGAGAAAGCCCCAAUGAAAUCACAUAUAAUUUAUGUUUUGUCACCCUAGGGUCAUAAACUACUCAUAAAGCAUAAUUAGGAAAUGUUUAUAUAUAAAAAAAUACCGUCAAAUACUGUAAAAAAUAAAUAAAUAUUGUGAUAUUACUUUUUGGCCAUUUCGCCCAGCCCUAAUUAGUUAUUUCAGCACCCUCAUUAACUUGAUAUGGUGACUUGAAACAAAUAAUUAUGUCAGCUACAAUGAAAGAAGCCUGGAGGAAUGCUUCGAAGUUAGGGUUGAGGACCUUGUUUGUCAGCAACAUGUGGUAACAAUACCCCUCCAACCUCAUUUAUUUGUUUUGUGCAUGUUGGAUAACUACCAGGGUUUGGAUGUUUAACUUGCACAAGGGGAAAACAACUUCAUUAAAUUUCAGAGGUUUCUAUAUUUUCCCUUUUUUAAGUAUAUUUGCCCCAAAAUAUUAAUGUAUGAAAGCAUUUUUGGAUGACUGAUUCCAUUGCUCUUUUAGUUUUUAUUCAUUUCUAAGCAAUUUUUAUGAAAUCAAAUUUUAUUGGUCACAUAUAUUUGUUUAGCAGAUGUUAUUGCGGGUGUAGCGAAACGCUUGUGUUUCUAGCUCCAACAGUUCAGUAAUAUCUAACAAUUCACAACAAUACACACAAAAGUAAAAUAAUGGAAUUAAGGAAUAUAUAAAUAUUAGGAUGAGCAAUGUCAGUGGCAUAGACAAAUACAGUAGAAUAGAGUACAGUAUAUACAUAUGAGAUUAGUGAAGCAAAAAUAUGUAAACAUUAUUAAAGUGACUAGUGCUGGUUGAAUGUGAACUUGAGCAGCGUUAGUGUAACCGAUAUCCAAUAUUAUAAUUAUAUGUUUUUGUUUUUUAAUAUAAGAACUCUGUAAAGUAAAACAUUACAUUUUUUUACCUGCAAAAAUAAAACCAUGUUUAGUA